AUGAACCUGGCCUCCACACCGUUCACCUUGAAUCAACAUCCGUUGCAAACCACCUUCGACCACGACAAAGCCGUGACUCUGGCAGUCGGACCACAUCUCGAAUCUCGAAAUCUCGAAACAGCAUCACCAAAGACCAGCCUCCUCGCUCAAUGCUUGCCGAUAAUUUCUCAGGAAGGAUACCAUGCGCCGAGCCUUGAGCAGUAUCGAGACACCGUUAACGUGCAAGUGAACCAGGAUCUCCAAGACAUCCAAAACAGGUUCACCGCCAGUAUUGACGAUCUUACCAUCAAGUUUGAAGGGCACUUCAGAAGCCUCACCAACGUCGAAGAGCCCUUGCAAAGACCAUUCAUCGCAGAGACCUUAAAUGUGCAAGUCAAGCCCAUUCCGGAAAAUGCUGAGGGACAUCAAGGAGUACAAGAAGUCUUACUCCGCAAUCAGAUCGAGGGGUUUCGGAAGUUGCGGGGAGAAAAUGAACGCGCACUGUGCAGACUUUGGGAAGAAUGGGAAGAUGUACAAUUCGAACUCAUCGGCCUGGCUGCAGAAGUGUUUGGUCAAGAGUCAAUGACCUUCGCCCAAACGAGGGAUGAAGAUAUGAAACCAGGUCAGAAGGAAAAGCUGCAGAAGGUACUGGAGCGUGUUCCCGGAUCGCAUGGACAGAUGUACAACCUCCGCGAAUCCUUGGAGGGAGACCUUCAACGGUUCGAAGCGAGCAUGAAUCAGAUCAGCUCUAGGACCAAGAAGACAAUGACGGAGAUGCAACAGCAAUACACCAUUCAAAAGAACAAACUCUUCAAAGGGCUUCACCAACACAUCGAAAUGCUGGCAGCUCUGUGA